CACGCCUCUGCUGGCAUGACCCCCAACACCUUUUUCAAAAAAUGAUACAUCAGCAGACGGGUUUGGGAAGUAGAAAAGAGGACGUGAGUGACAUUGAUGCGAGAAGAAGUGUAUUUCGGGAGUCAUUCUUCCACCAUGCCGCGCUCCUUCCUCGUCAGGAGCAAAAAGAAUCAUCCGUCGUCAGAGUUUCACCCUCGGAGAGGAAACCCCGACGAUGUGAUCCGGAAAGACCCUCAGACUGAAGUCCGUUCCCCCGGGGAUCAGUGCCUGCACCCUCCAGGCCACACGUCCACAUCUGGGAUGAGAGCAGAUGUUGGCAGGUCAUCCCCGACUCGAUCGGCGGACAGACAUCAGACGUCUGACAGAGAGCGAGAACUGGAGAGACUGGUCUUCAUGCUCCUCCACCAUACGUCACACAUGGACAUCAAAUAUCCAUUCAGCCAGUGUCCUCUCUGUGAUAAGUCUUCAGGCUUUGCAUCGAGAAUCGGCAUGCGUGCUCAGUCCGGCAACGCCCCUCCUCUGUCGUCGGUGAAGUCGCCCACAGCCGCGGAAAUCCUUCCCCUGAGCUUUAGGGCGGUGCGAGGACACAGGGAGCGCAACUUUGGCUGCAAAGUGUGCGGCAAGACGUUCAAGCGCUCGUCCACGCUAUCCACCCAUCUCCUCAUCCACUCGGACACCCGGCCCCACCCCUGCCAGUACUGCGGGAAGAGGUUCCACCAGAAGUCCGACAUGAAGAAACACACCUUUACGCACACAGGGGAGAAACCGCACGUGUGCAAGGUGUGCGGCCGAGGGUUCAGUCAGAGCUCCAAUCUCAUCACUCACAGUCGCAAGCACAACAGCCUCACGGCUCACGGCUUCCAGAGCAGGGCAGACCUCCAGCGCCACCAGGAGACGCAGUGCGGUUACGGAGGCGACGUGUUGGCGUAGGAGUCGCAGCAAUCAGACACAGGACGCCAUGUCGCCGCAGUUGUUGGCUCUUUUCUGUAAAAAUUCUGUAAAAUAACGGUCAUCUAAAGGCAGCUAUGGCUGCCAAACGAAAACCAUAAAAUUAAAGUAAAACAUUGCAAACCAAAUAAUGAUCAAAAACAUUAUAUUUACAGAAAUUUUAAUGAAACGUUUUGCGGAAAAAUAUCGUCAUUUUACAGAUUUUUACCAAAUUAUUAAGAUCAACUACCUUUAAUAAAGUGACGAUGCAAACAGUUUUGCAGAAAAAUUUCUUUAUUCUACAGAGUUUUUCCAAAUUAUUACGAUCAACCAACUUUAAUGAAGUGACAAUGCUGGCAGUUCCACAGAAAAAUACCAUUAUUUUACAGAUUUUUUCUGAAUUGUUAAAGGGGAACAUUAUCACAAUUUCAAAGGGGUUAAAAACAAUAAAAAUCAGUUCCCAGUGGCUUGUUUUAUUUUUCAAAUUUUUUUUCAAAAUUUUACACCUCCCGGAAUAUCCCGAAAAACUGCUUCAAAGUGCCUGAUUUUCACCAUCGCUAUAUCCACCCGUCCAUUUCCCUGUGAUGUCAUACAGGGCUGCCAAUACAAACAACAUGGCGGUUACCACAGCAAGAUAUAGAGACAUUAGCUCGGAUUCAGACUCAGAUUUCAGCGGCUUAAGCGAUUCAACAGAUUAAGCAUGUAUUGAAACAGAUGGUCGGAGUAUGGAGGCAGAUAGCGAAAACGAAAAUGAAGAAGAAAUUGAAGCUAUUGAGCGAAUAGCUAUUGACGCUAUUCGGCCAUAGCAUGGGUGUACCUAAUGAAGUGGCCUUUAGCAUGGCUGCCUUAUUAGCAUCGCCGGUAAAAUGUGCGGACCAAACGAUCAGGACUUUCGCAUCUUGAGACACUGGAGCAACUUAAAUCCGUCGAUUGCUAAGUUUUUGUUUCGCAUUAAAUGUGGGUAUCUAGUUUCAAAUGUACAUACAGCUAGCGUAAAUAGCAUGUUAGCAUCGAUUAGCGUAGCAUGUUAGCAUCGAUUUGCUGGCAGUCAGGCCGUGACCAAAUAUGUCUGAUUAGCACAUAAGUCAACAACUUCAACAAACUCACCUUUGUGAUUUUGUUGACUUAAUCGUUGCAAAUGCAUCUGCAGGUUAUCCAUACAUCUCUGUGCCAUGUCUGUCUUAGCAUCGCCGGUAGACACUCUGGCAAAUUCAAUGGGGGUCUGGCGGCAGAUUUCUUGCCAGUGGUGCAACUUGAAUCCCUCCCUGUUACUGUUGUUACACCCUCCGACAACACACCGACGAGACAUGAUGUCUCCAAGGUUCCAAAAAAAUAGUCGAAAAAACGGAAAAUAACAGAGCUGAGACCCUGUGUUUGUAAUGUGAAAAUGAAAAUGGCGGGUGUGUUACCUCGGUGAUGUCACGUUCUGACGUCAUCGCUAAAAGACCGAUAAACAGAAAGGCGUUUAAUUUGCCAAAAUUCACCCAUUUAGAGUUCGGAAAUCGGUUAAAAAAAUACUUGGUCUUUUUUCUGCAACAUCAAGGUAUAUAUUGAUGCUUGCAUAGGUUUGGUGAUAAUGUUCCCCUUUAAGAUCAGGGGUCUCAAACUCAAUUUACCUGGGGGCCACUGAAUGCAGAAACUACGUGAAAAGUGGAUUCACCUUCUUUGAAUGGCUAUCCUGACCCAGCAACAUACUUCCCGAUCCUCCCAAUUUUAUCGAGAGACUUCCUGUGACCCUCGCGAAGGAUAAAGGAUUGUCCCGAUGUUCGCCCGGACAGCAAUUCCUUCAUCGUCCUUGACAACUUUUCGUCGCGAUCGCUCAUUCACCAUACAAACAGCGUGCGGACUGAAACGCAUUUUGUAUAUGUUUUCACCCCCGCCACCACCCCACAUGAGGUGGGCGGAGUUUGGUGGUUGCAGGGGUCUAGUAGCGCUGCAUGGCAUUCUGGGUAUUUGUUAUUUUGUGUUUAUGAUGGGUUACGGUGAAGAUGUUCUCCCGAAAUGUGUUUGUCAUUCUUGUUUGAUGUGGGUUCACAGUGUGGCGCAUAUUUGUAACAGUGUUAAAGUUGUUUAUACGGCCACCCUCAGUGUGACCUGUAUGGCUGUUGAUCAAGAAUGUCUUGCAGUCACCAACGUGUGUCAUAUUACAGAGAAAAAUAUUAAAUUGUUAGUAUGAGCAUA